AGUCACUAACACUAGUUCGUCCAAAAAAAAGUUUGUCACUCUAGCGAUGGAGCUCUUACUUCGCCUCGCCGCAGUGGCACUUGUGGCGGCCGCUUUCGUCGCCGCAGACGGGACUGGGACGCUCUCGCCUUCUUUCUACGACGCCACCUGCCCCGGACUGCAGCCUGCCGUGCGCCGCGGCGUCGCGCAAGCCGUGAAGAAGGAAGCACGCAUGGGCGCCUCUCUCCUCCGACUCUUCUUCCACGACUGUUUCGUCCAAGGGUGCGACGCGUCCAUCCUUCUUGACGACACCGCAAACUUCACCGGCGAAAAGAGCGCGGCGCCCAACGCCAACUCACUGCGCGGAUACGAAGUCAUCGACGCCAUCAAGGCGGAGGUGGAGGCUUCCUGCAAGGCGACCGUCUCCUGCGCCGACAUCGUCGCCCUCGCCGCCCGUGACGCUGUUAACCUGCUUGGAGGGCCGUCCUGGCCGGUGCUGCUAGGACGCCGGGAUGCUCUCAUGACGACCAAGGCAGCGGCAGAAGAUAGUUUGCCAAGCCCUACUUCGCGACUUCCCCAACUACUCCACUCCUUCAGCAAGAAGGGGCUCAACGCCCGGGAUCUCGUCGCUCUCUCCGGUGCUCACAGCGUAGGAAUGGCGCACUGCUCCAACUUUCGGGAACAUGUCUACAAAGACACCAAGAUCAACAUGACCUACGCUGCACAGCUCCGCGCCAAGGUCUGCCCGUUCGUCGGCGGCGACGACAACCUCGCGCCCCUUGAGUUGCAGAAACCGGACAAGUUCGACAACGGCUUCUUCAACGACGUCAUCACUGGCCAAGUUCUUCUCCGGACGGAUCAAGAGCUGCUCGGCAGCAGCGGCAGCCACGGGACCACUGACGCACUCGUCCGGGAGUACGCCGCCAACGCAGAUAGAUUCGCUGCAGAAUUCGCCAUGGCGAUGAUCAAGCUGGGAAACAUGGCGGUCCAGGACGGUGAGGUCCGGCUGAACUGCCGUCGUCCCAAUUGAGGAUACUAGAUGAGGCUGUUGCGGCAGCAAUAUAUAAUGUUGCACAUGAGCAAAAUUAAAGUAAAACAAAAGACUAGCAAAAUACCCGCGCCUUGCCGCGGAAUAAUAAGAAAACAUUUAGUUCUUCACCAGCUAUCCUCCAUGCAACUACUUGUCCGCAACUUCUAAUGCAUUUGCCUUGACUACAUAUUUCGGGUAUUA